AUGCCACUUCCACCUCAUCCUCAUCCAUACCGUCCUCAACCUGAUUCUCUGCCAUGCCCUCCUCCACCUCCACUUCCAUACCCACCUCAUUCUGCUCCUCCUCCCCCUCCUCAACCUGUUCCGAUUCCAUACCCUCCUGAAUCUAUUCCAACAUAUCCUUUCUUAGUACCUCCUUACGAUCCUCAAGUCCUAUCAAAUCCCUUCUAUACCGAGAAACGUCGGAGAAGCCAUCACAGAAGACGUUACGAUAGCAGCCCUGAAAGAGACAGUGGCGAAAGACGUGGUCAUUGCGGUAAAAAAAAUCGCGACGAAUGCUAA